AUGCCACCAAGACGCCAUCGAGAACAAACUCCUCAACCCGAGGAAGAGGACAGCGUGUCACAACCCAUUCCGCAUCCUCCACCUCCUCCGCCUCCGCCGCCUCCGGUCGAUCGAGAAAUCGUGAAACUAUUCUUGGAGCAAAAGCCACCCGUGUUUGAUGGAUUGGGAGAACCGGCCAAGGCUGAAUCUUGGAUCCGGGCAAUAGAGCGCAUCUUCGCGAUAUUGAGAUGCAACGAUAGAGAACGCAUGAGUUGUGUGACCCAUCAGCUGACUGAGGCAGCCGAUUUUUGGUGGGAUACUAGAACGAAGACUAUGCCACGAGACCAAGUAGAGGCGAUGACGUGGGAAGGUUUCAAGACGGAAAUAUACAACAAGUAUGUGCCGAAAAGCUAUCGAAAAGCAAAGGCAUCGGAGUUCCACAAUCUGACACAAGGACGCAUGACGGUGACCGAGUACGAUCGAGCGCUCAACAGCAUGACCCGGUAUGCCCCCGAUCAAGUCGACACCGAUGAGAAGCUGUCCGACAAGUUCCAUGAGGGACUGAAACCCGAGAUAAGAAUGUCGUUGGCCAGCCGAGGGAGACUCCCCUACACCGAAGCAUUAGCACUUGCGCUAGAUAUUGAGGCAGCAAUGCCUAAGGAGAAAGCUAAGGAGAACACUACCUCGUCUUUACCUCCACCGCACUACUCCAGAGAGAAACGGAAGUGGGAUGAGCCUAGAGCUUCGCACGAUGGAAAACGGCACCAGUCGAGCCAGCAUCGAUCCCAGUACGAAGGAGGGCAGCGUACGUCUAGCCAGAGAGGAGACUACCGACCGAGGGCACCACAGUGCAAUGUGUGCUCUAAGUACCAUUUCGGAGAAUGUCGAUAUCAGAACGUGAUCAAGUGCUACACUUGUGGAGGAAACGGUCACUUCUCUAGGGAGUGUCCAAGUAACAAGAUAGGAUCGGGAUCGAGACGGAACGAUCAGGGAUCCCGUCAACCGGCAAGGACACCGCCAAAUGAAUCGGGAGGAAAUCGCGACUCAUCAUCGCGGCAACAACAACCUCACCGCCCCAGACUUCCUCCCCAAGCUAGAGCGUUCGCGCUGGAACAGAAGAAGCCGAAGAAGGAACAAGAGGAUCGUGGGAAAGGAAAUUUGACAGGUAUGGGCGAAAUUCUCAACACCCCUGUUGUUGUGUUGUUUGAUACGGGCGCAUCGCACUCGUUUAUAUCUGAAUUAUGUGUGCGCACUUUGAGCUUGCCUACUAGUGAAUCUGAACGUAGAAUGAUGGUGUCCUCACCAGUAGGAGGAAUGAUAGAAAUAUCUAGAACGUGCUCGAACGUAGAAAUUGUUAUGGGAGAAAUUAAGAUAGUUGCUCAUGACUUGCGAGUCAUAAAAAUGGAGGAUAUCGAUAUAAUCUUGGGAAUGGACUGGCUGACAACGAACUUUGCGACGAUUCGUUGUAAGGAGAGGCAGAUAUCUCUACAAACUCCGGGAAGCGAACCCACCAUAUACCAUGGAAUCUCGAUGAAUCGGCGAACCGCCAUCAUAUCCGCGCUUCAAGCGACCGCAAUGAUGAAAAAGGGGCGAACUGCCUAUCUUGUCUACCUCCAUGGAGAGGAGAAGAACGAGAAGAAGAUGGAAGAUGUUGCUGUCGUGCAAGAAUUUCCCGACGUUUUUCCAGAAGUGUUACCUGGACCACCGCCAGAUCGACAAUUGGAGUUCACAAUUGACCUUGAACCGGGAGCCGCACCCGUAUCAAAGGCACCAUACCGAAUGACGCCAAAAGAGUUGGAGGAACUAAAGAUACAACUCCAAGAACUCAUGGACUUAGUUCGAAGGGAGGAUAUACCCAAGACUGCGUUUCGCACAAGAUAUGGCCACUACGAGUUUGUGGUGAUGCCGUUUGGAUUGACGAAUGCCCCAGCGGUAUUCAUGGAUUUGAUGAAUCGAAUAUUCCAUCCGUACUUGGAUAAAUUCGUUUUAGUCUUUAUAGAUGACGUGCUAGUCUACUCAAAGAACGAGAAAGAGCAUGAGGAGCACCUACGAAUCACGUUGGAGACGUUGAGGACCGAGAAGUUAUACGCCAAAUUCGGCAAGUGUGAAUUCUGGCUGAAGGAAGUGAAUUUUCUAGGACAUAUUGUGUCGGCAGAAGGAAUCCGAGUGGACCCCGCCAAGGUUGAGGCGGUACAACGAUGGAAGUCGCCUUCAACACCAAACGAAAUUCGGAGUUUCCUAGGAUUGGCAGGAUACUACCGAAGAUUCAUUGAAGGAUUCUCCAAGAUAGCGAGACCAAUGACGCAACAACUUAAGAAGGGAGUCAAGGUGAAUUGGACCCCAGAGUGUGAAGCGAGUUUUCAACUCUUGAAGGAGAAAUUGACCACCGCGCCAGUGUUAGCCGUGCCCGAGUCUGGAGCGAACUACGUAGUCUACACCGAUGCUUCGAAGGUUGGAUUAGGAUGCGUAUUGAUGCAAAAUAAUAAAGUGAUCGCCUACGCGUCACGACAAUUAAGACCACACGAGUUGAAUUACCCAACGCACGAUUUGGAGUUAGCAGCAGUGGUACAUGCCCUAAAGAUUUGGAGGCAUCAUCUCUACGGAGUUAGAUGUGAAAUCUUUACGGACCACAAGAACUUAAAGUAUUUCUUCGAGCAGAGAGACUUGAAUAUGCGACAACGAAGAUGGCUCGAACUAGUGAAGGACUACGAUUGUGGCAUUAACUACCACCCCGACAAAGCAAAUGUAGUGGCAGAUGCUUUGAGCCGCAGAGAUCAUUCGCAAAUAGCUACUCUUCUGACGGAAGAGGAGAGCUUGAUAAGAGAAUUUAGCAAAAUGCGAUUAGAAGUGAUAAGAGCACCCGAAACAGUGGAAGAGCGAAUUGCCACUUUAGUGGUUAAACCAGAUCUGAAAAUGAGAAUCGUUGCAGCGCAACGGAUGGAUGCGGAACUAGAGGAAAUCCGAAUUGAAGUGAGAACCGGUGAAUCCGGAAAAUUUAGUGAGGAGUCCGACAACGCCCUCAUCUUUGAAGGAAGGUUGUGCGUGCCAAACAACGAGGAACUUAAGAACGAGAUCAUGAGCGAAGCUCAUGAAACUCCAUACACUGCCCACCCUGGAAGCACGAAGAUGUACCAAGACUUGAAAAAGUCCUUUUGGUGGAAUGGCAUGAAGAGAGAUAUCGCGGCAUUUCCCUCAAGGAUAUGUUGA